UUGCCAACCUCACAUGAACUAAAGUUGCUAUAAAAAGUUCGUAUUUGCCAUGCUUAAAAUCCGAACGUUCGAGAUUUAUUAUUGCUGUUUAUUUUAGGUGCACGUUGAGUUAUCGCAGAGCGAAGGAGUACGGUUCUCCAAGAGGGAGAUGGGUCGAACUAGUCGUUGGACCCUGUCUCGCCGCGACACGGUGCCAAGGGUCAACUUGGCUGGCGCGGCGCCCCUCCGCGAAGAGGGGUGGCGGGCAUGAAAAUGGCAGCACGGCGACAGUCUGGUCUCACGCGUUGUUGCUCACAGCCCAUCGACAGCGACCGCGCCGAUGCCGCGCGGGAUCUCGCGAGACUCGAACGUUACAGACUCGAUCGUUGCCCUCCUGGCCGUCACCGCCGCCGCGCAGGCCCCCGGAGCGGCGCCCAGGAUGGCGCCUCUCCCCGCACCGCCGGCGAGGUCCCCGGCCACCGCCCCUGCGCCGGUCGCCACGCCGCCCACCGCCGCGUCGCCGUCCCCGAUGGCCUCUCCCCCGGCCCCGCCCACCGACGCCCCGACCGGCGCUCCCUCCGCGAUGACCCCCUCCGCGGUCUCCGGCACACCCGUGGGCGCACCUGCCGGCGCACCCAGCGGCACCCCCGCCAGCUCCGCCGUAUACACCUCCUCCGUCAGCUUCGUCGCCGUCGCCGGCGCGGUCGCCGCUGCCAUCGUGUUCUAGACGGAGCGAGACUCUGCUCUCGGGGCUCUGUUUUCGCGUUGUUUAUACUGCGAGAUUCUUUCAAUGAUUCUUUGUUGGACGGACUGAGGAGAGGUUGAUACAUACCACCAUGCGAUGUAAUGUUGUUACGGAUGCAUGGGAUUAUUAUGAAUACAAAUUCGUUUAUUCGUUACCUUACCAGACAAUAAUUUGGCUCAUUCUCUUACGUUAGCUCUCCAAUCA